CGACUAUCUCUCAUUCAACAGCCGCAGUGUCUUGAUUGCGGCGGGAGCUUCGCGGAGAAUUCUCGUCCAAUGUACUUUGAUUGCGUUUCAUGGCCUUCAUAAUCCCAGGACAUCAGGUACGGUUAAUCGUAAUUCCUCACUACCCAAGCCCCAAAACGCGUGUUCGUUCUUUUUGAUAUUCUCUUCUCCUUUGUCAUAGCAGAUCUGUACCCUCUCGCCACCAUCAUCAUGUCUUCCACUCAUCAGAAGAGGAGGAGUAAUGCUUUACCUUUUCUAUGCCGCACACUAUGUAUAUGGGCAAUAUGUGCCCAAACGGGUGCUACUCUUCCACAAGCUGCAACAAACAGUGGCGCAUCACCAGAUAGCACUUCAACCGAACUCGCACUUGUACCACAACUAUCCCCGACCAAUCUGAUAUCUUCACAACGGCCUCCUGGUUUAAUACCUUCGCAAAAUCCUCCGGGCCUGAUACCAUCACAGAGACCACCCGGGCUAAUACCCUCACAAGUCCCUGCAGAGUCGAUAUCCUCUGAGCUUGUGUCAGUCGCAAUUCCCUCGCAGGUUCCAUCCGGAAUCAUUGCAUCACAGUCGCCUCCAGAUAUAAUCCCAUCACAGUCUCCAACAGCUAUUAUCUCAACGCAAGAACCAGGUUUGAUACCGUCGAAGGCCCCGAGCGGUCUAAUCCCAUCGGGUUUAAUCCCAUCUGGCACACCACAAUCCGGAAUAAUACCGUCGCAAAGCGGAAUCAUUCCCACGCUCAUUGCAACGUCGGCGGUAGGCACCGCUUCAGGGGCUCCCAAUGUUUCCCUGACACCCAUGCCAUCAUGGUCGACGGAUGAACCCCUUAGGCCCAUACCAGCGCCAACCACGGCGCCGGGCGAUCCUAACGGACAUCAUGAGAUACCGGAGCCCGGUUUCAGUAUAACGGGCCCGUGCAGAGGCUGCUCGCCAGUGAUAGAGAUAACUGCCACAGGCUUUGAUGACGUGCCUCCGUCGCCAAUUGCCGAACAUGAAGGGCCUUCCUCGCCGUUAGGUCCUGCAGAGCCUCCCAAAGCUACCAUUACAAUAGGACCUUCCCCAAUCAUUGUCAGCCAGGAGCCGACUGGGUCGAAUUUCAUCAUCGACAAAUCCACAACAGUAACGCCCGGCCAGACCAUUACGCUAGACAAAACACCCGUUGUAAUCCAAACCUCUGCUGGCAGAACCGAAGUCAUCGUCGUAGCUCCCACAGGCACAAACACCAUUCCACUGACACCGAGCAACCCGGAACCCUUCCGACAGAUCAUAACCGACCGGCCACUCCUCUCCCCAAUCACCAUUGGAACGCGAACCAUCACCGCGAAUCCAGCGUCACAAUACGUCCUUGACGGUCAAACCCUGCUGCCAGGCGGGCCGGCCCUCACGGUCGACGGAACCACCCUCUCGCUCCUCCCCUCCGCAACCGCAAUCGUCGUUAACGACGUCACCUCGACCCUUAGCCAGAUCUACGGCGCCGUUUUCACGACCACCGCCGCGCCCCUACUCACGCUCAACAACGAGAUCUACACCGCAAAUCGUGCCGGAUACUUCGUCCUCGCGCCGGGUACCACGCUCAUUCCCGGCGGACCGGCAGUGACCAUUUCAGGCACGACGAUAAGUUUGGUACCGAAGGGCACUGCGGCCAUCAUCCAGGGGUCGACGAGCUUCAUUGAGCCCGUGACUACGGUGGUGACAUUGACCAGAGGAGGUGGCAAUUAUGUGGGCAGUGGAAACGUCGUGACGUCCAUUAUACCAGCAAAUCCACCGCAGUCGACGAGUAAGCGUGGAGCGGCUGGGACUGUGAGUGUGCCGAUGAGUGCUGGGACCGAGGGCUGGCUGGAGGGACUGCUUUUGCUCGUUAUGAUGGGAUUUGGCGGGUUGGCUGCUUGGCUGUGAAGUCAAAAUAGUUUGGGAAAGAAAGUGCAGUGGGGUGCUUGACAUGAGUAUAUAUGUAUUAUGAGGAUACCCUUAUGGCGUUUCGAGGAAAACAUGGGGGGUAAAUGGCGUUGGAACGGAUUUGGAAUAGGAUGAGCUUCAUGGAGAUAGCAUAA